AUGCAGAGUGGUCUACAGAAGGUGCUACGUGCACGGACGCGUAGGGACACAGCAUGGCGUAACGUUUUAGGGGACAUUUCCAUAGGGGGGAACUUCUCCUCCUGGGAGAAGGGAUAUGCAAAGGAGGGUGCCCACUUCAUAACUCACCCCUCCAGUGGAUGCUUCCCCAUGGAAAAGAAACACCUAACAAGGUAUUGGGCAGAAAGCACGAAGAAGAAAAUACACGACUCCAAGAUCAAUGAAUGGAGAGAACAGUUCCCAAUUCUAAACGAAUACGAUGACAAGGACUUGGCUAUCUGGAGAGAAGCCUUCAACAAAAUGGACAGAGACAACGACAAUUACAUCUCCCAUGCGGAUUUGCAAAAAAGUGAUUGGAGUCUGGAAAAAUAUAAUUUGUUCCAAAACUACGACAUGGAUCAGAACAACCUCAUUGACUUUGGGGAGUUCAUCCAAGCGGUCAUCGAUAUUGAUACUCAGUACUUUAAAAAUUUCUUCCAGGGGUUUAGCAAAAUAGACAUCGAGUUGGAGUUCCAGAAAUAUGCCAUUACCGAAAAGGAAGAGAACAAACAGGUCAUCCCCCUGACCAAGCUCAUGCAGAUGCUCAAAGACAAGGAGUUCACAUGCGUCACACACACGGACUCACAGAAGCUAUUCGAAGCAAUGGAUUUUAACAAAGACGGCGCGAUCGACUUGGAAGAUUUUCUAGCGUGGCUCGGGAAGAACUAG